UGCUGUAGUUAGCAGCAUUAGCAGCAUGUUUAUGAUCAGAGUGCCUGUGUUUAUUUUCUUUAUUUUAUCAGCGAAACUAGUUUAUUAAACAACUAGUUAAUGUUGAUUUUAAGAUCACCCAGAUUUGUAUAGAUGUUGCUUGAUUUGAUGUUUAAGACUUUAAAAAGCGAUCCAGCAGGACGUUUCGCAAACUAGUGUAGUUUGCAUACUCUCCGUACUUGGUUGAUCAGUGCGUCCUAAACCUGAGAAAUAUUAUGUAAAAGAUACCCGGAUGGGCUAGUCUGUUCUGUUUUAUUAAGUUAGAAAGUGAACAAAGACAAUUUUUUUUUUUUUUUAAAUAUGGUUUACAUGUUAAACAGAGGGCCCUGAAACAAAUGGGCCACAAACCAUCCUUUUUGCUACAAAGUGACAUGCUUGCUAUGAAGAGGUGAAAGGUAAUUAAUGCAUCGUAUUACAGUGUGAAUGUAUUUGUGACCCUGGACCACAAAACUAGUCGAAAGUGUAAAUUUUUCAAAAUUGAGCUUUAUACAUCAUCUGAAAGCUGCUCGAUGUAUGGUUUGUUAGGAUAAGACAAUAUUUGGCCGAGAUGCAGCUAUUUCAGUAUGUGGAAUGUGAGGGUGCAAAAAAAUCUAAAUAUUGAGAAAAUCGCUUUUAAAUUUUUCCAAAUUAAGUUCUUUGCAAAGCAUAUUACUAAUCAAAAAUUAAGUUUGGAUAUAUUUACAGUAGGAAAAUUACAAAAUAUCUUCAUGGAACAUGAUCUUAAUUUCCUAAUGAUUUUUGGCAUAAAAGAAAAAUCAAUAAUUUUGACCCAUACGAUGUAUUUUUGGCUAUUGCUACAAAUAUACCCCAGUGACUUAAGACUGGUUUUGUGGUCCAGGGUCACAUUUGAGGUGUGAAGGCACCUUUGGGGGUGAAACCCAGUUUUUAAACUUUUUGGCUUGAAUUUACCAGAUAUGUGUGUUUUUAUAAAUAAAACACUGGCACAUCUUUUAUUUCAAUUAGCAAAUUGUUUUUUAAGGUUUUGAUUUAAAGGGACAGUUCAGCCAAAAAUGACAUUUCUGUCAUGAUUUACUCAUCGUCAAGUUGUUCCAAACUUGGCUGAAUUUCUUAUUUCUUCAUGUCUUCCAUUGAGAUUUUAAGCACGUUUGUAACUGUUGAUGGUAGCCAUUGACCUCCAAUGCAUUUUUUUUCUCCCUACUGUGGAAAUCGAUGGUUGUUGUCAUUUUGAAAGUUGAGGAACAUAUUUGAAGAUGGAGGACAUGGAGGUGGAAGUAGCCCCGGCAUCUAGUGAGGCCAGUGUCAUCGUGGUCUCUGAAUCUGGAAGCAGCACAGAGGAAGAAGAUGUUCCCAUGCAGGUUCCAGGCCCGUCUGACCGAGCCAGACUUUCAGUCCGUCGGGCGGUCAGGAGGAGACAUAUAAUUGGUUCAAAUACGCAGUUCUCCACACAUGAAGAGAGGAUGCGCAGACUCCGGGAACUCAUCGUAGACAAUUUGGCAGAGCGGCUGAGCGGCUCCCAGGAUGCGCAACGCUCAGUUCCACAUGUAAAUCCACGACUGAUGGAUCCUGAUCCCAGCGGCAGGCACCACGCUGGUGAUGUGAAUGUGCCGACGUCUGAUGAAUCCAGCCCUACAGGGUCCAGUGUUUCCACAGAGUCUGAAGGGACAAGUGCAGCUGCUCAACCAGAAGAGCCACGACAAGAGUCUGAGCCUGUCUCUGAGUCGGCGGAUCCUGUUUCAGCUGCUGCGAGUCCUGCUGGAGAGGCUGAAGCAGAUGAUGGCGACGGAGAAAACUGCUCCAUCUGUUUUGAGCCCUGGACCUCGGCAGGUGACCACCGCUUGGCCGCUCUUCGCUGCGGUCACCUCUUCGGCUUCAUCUGUAUUUCACGCUGGUUGACGAGUGGAGGAAAUAAAUGUCCACAGUGCAAUAAACCAGCCAAACGUGGUCAUAUCAUCUUUCUUUAUGCACGGAAACUGAAAGCCGUGGACAAUGCGGAGGAAGUGCGAUUGAAGAGUCGUUUAGAGCUGGAGCAGGGGUCGCGGAGAAUGGAGCAGCUGGAAGUCGCUCAGUGUCGUCAACAGAUGCAACUCAUGGCAGAUGAAAAUGUGCGACUGCGCAAAGAGGUCGAGGAGUUGCGGAGGUGGAAAGCUCAGGCGGCGUUCAGCUCCUCUCAGGGACCGUCUCACUCGUCGUCCCAAAGGCAGGACUCGUCCAGCGGGGGACAUUAUGUCUUCUCUAAAGCUGUGCUGGUGUCUCAAACAGGAGGCAGUAGGGUUUUGUCCUACUGUGAGCCUCUCGGCUGCCUGCUGGCAUCACAGCCUUCUCCACAAGCAACAUUUCUGCCAGGCUUCGGUGUGAAGAAGAUCAGCACUGCGACUCUCAAACCUAGUCAGUAUGUUCCCAUUCAUUCCAAACAGAUCAGAGGUCUGGCCUUCAGCCGACAACAGGACGGCCUUCUGCUGUCUGCAGCCCUCGACAACACAAUCAAACUCACCAGCCUGAUGACGAACACAGUAGUUCAGGCCUACAACACGGGCAGACCUGUGUGGAGCUGCUCCUGGUGCCAUGAUAACAACAACUACAUUUACGCCGGUCUCGCCAACGGCUCUGUGCUGGUGUACGACACGCGGGACACCAGCACUUACGUUCAGGAGCUGGCGCCGCUGCGCUCCAGCUGUCCAGUGGUGUCUCUGUCCUACAUCCCGCGUGCUGCAUCUAGCACGUUCCCGUGUGGCGGCCUGAUCGCUGGCACGCUGGAGGGCGGCUGUUUCUGGGAGCACGUGGAGGGAACCACAUACACGCCCCACAUCCUGCCUCUAGAGUCCGGCAACUGCACAGACAUACAGGUGGAGCCGGACAGCAGACACUGUCUCGUCACGUACAGACCAGGUCGUGCAAACCCGUCACUGCGUUGUGUUUUAAUGGAGCUCAGCCGGACGCCUCAGACAGACAGCAACCAGCAGCCCGUCUGCUCCUGCUCUCCGGUCCAGACCUUCACCGCUGGAUCCUCCUGCAAGUUGCUCACAAAGAACGCUGUGUUUAAGAGUCCGGCAGGAGAGGGAGCCACACUAGUGUGUGCUGGAGACGAGGCCACAAACUCCACCAUGGUUUGGGAUGCCGGCACCGGUGCUCUGCUUCAGAAGAUGCCUGCGGAUCUCCCCGUGCUGGACAUCUGUCCGUUUGAGGUCAACCAGAGCAGUUAUCUGGCCUCUCUGACCGAGAAAUUGCUGAAGGUCUAUAAAUGGGAGUGACACUGAGAGUAACGUUCAAACAAAAAUGUGAAUAAGUAUUUCUUCGGAACCAAAUACUGGUGGUGUGAGACGCCGGGUGACACUAUUGUCCAUUCACUGUGCGCUUUAGCUUUCUGUUUGUUUUAAAUGUAAAUCCUAUAUUUUAUGUUGUGUUCAUUAUAAAGAGUUUGUUUCUGACUUUAAAAUCAGGGCUUUAUUAAUGUCUUAGUUAAAAGUGAUCAUUGUUCACUGUUUUUAUUGUAUAUAUGUAAGUGUUGUUUUGUUUUUUUCUGUAAUAAAACAAUAAAUGCCUGCAUUGACACAGUUUGUGACAACCUCAUAGGAGUGAUGCAGUGAAAUCAACAGGAAAAAUAGGAAGAACAUUUGCAGUGCUCUUUUUUAAGUUAAUAAAGUUGAUAAUAGAUAUA